AUGGAUGGGACUAAACUUAGCUUGUCUGCUUUGAAGGACAAGGUUUCUUCAAAGCUCUCUGCUAAGCCUUCAAAAAAGGAAAACAAAAAGAAGCGUGAUACCAAUCUUAAAGAGUCAGGUAAGAAUGGCAAGUCUGACAACCGUCAACAGAAAGGUAAAGAUAGAAAUGAAAAGAAACACAAAGCCAAGCCAGACGGACACAAAAAAGAUAUUCAUGAAGGCUCUGGAAAUUCCGAAACUGAUUCCAUGGAAAAUAUCCUCAAAAGGGAGGCUUUGGCACUUGGUGCCAGUGAAGAGGACUUGGAGUUGUUGAGAGGAGUAGACGAUGAGCAAAGUGAAACUGAGUUUGGUGAAUCUCAAGUUGAUGAGAGCCUCAAUAAUGACCUUUCAAAAUUCAUGAAAACUCUUGGCUUUCCAAAUGAAGUUCCGACUGUUAACGAUGAUGCUUUAAAGGAUGAAGAGGCCGAGGAGGAGGAAGAAGAAGAAGAUUUGAUCGAAAAGAGUGUUGAAGGAAAAGAUGCCAUUGUGGACAGCAAAGAAGAAUCAGAAAGCGAAAGUGAGGAGCAGGAAGAAGAAAAUGAAGUCGAAAUCAACGAAGUGAACUUGAAGAAGAUUUCAAAGGACACAAAGAAGGAUACGUCCUUAAACUCUGUGAAUAGCGAAAAGUUAGUUCUUGAACUUAGGGUUGACUGGUAUAACAUUGAAACUGAGAAUGUCGAACACCCUGAAAAGAUGGACAGGUUCGGCUUGGAAAGGCUCAUGGAAAGGGCCCAAAAUUUUGUUGAGAAAGAGAGCAAAACUUACUUGGAAGAAUUCACUUCCAACAACUCGCAAAAGAAGUUUUUGUCUCAAAUUCUUUCUGAUGGUACCUUGAAUGAUAAAAUUUCUGCUUUGACCUUAAUGGUUCAAGAGGCUCCUAUUCAUAACAUGAAGGCAUUUGACACGCUCUUGGGAUACUGUGAGAAGAAAUCGAGAACAGCUGCUUUGCAGGCUGUAGAAGCAAUGAAAGAUUUGCUCCUCAACGGUAUUUUGCCUGACAGGAAGCUUGUCUCUUUUGCAAAACAACCUCUCUCGACGUCAUUAAGUGACACAAAACUUGCUCUCUACUAUUUUGAGGACCAUUUGAAAAAAAGUUACUUCAAACUUAUCCAAGUUUUAGAACGCUUGUCGCAUGAUCCUAUUUUGCAUGUUCGUAUGAACACCGUUUCGCAUAUAUUUGAUUUGUUGAAAGCUAAACCGGAGCAAGAAGCAAAUUUGCUCAGAUUAGGAGUGAAUAAACUCGGUGAUAUUGAGAAAAAGGUCGCAGCUAAGACGUCUUAUCAAAUUCUUCAAUUGGAGCAGGCUCAUCCAGCCAUGAAAAAAAUUGUCGUGGAUGCUGUUACUGACAUGGUCCUUCAGAAGUCUAAAGACCAUCAUGCCCAAUAUUACACUACUUUGACGCUCAACCAAACCAUUUUAACGUCGAAGGAACCAGAGUUAGCCAACUCAUUAAUUAAAACUUAUUUCUCAUUGUUUGAAAUGAUAUUGGUUGAAUCCGACCCUGCUCUCAAGGACAAAAAGGAGGAUAAAACGUUAGGUGUAAGUGAGAGGGGCAGAAAAAACAACCGUAAAUCUUUCAAGAAAGGAAAGAAAGGAGGUAAAUCUGUCAAGGUUGUUGAAAAAACAGAAGAAGAAGUUGUGGAGGAGAGAAGCUCGAGAUUAUUCUCGGCUCUCCUUACUGGUUUGAAUCGUGCUUUCCCAUACUCGGACUUGCCAUCUGAUAUUUAUAUGAAGCAUUUGGACACAUUGUAUAAAAUUACCCACUCCACCAAUUUCAACACAUCUGUGCAAGCGUUAGUCUUGGUACAACACAUUGUUACUCAGCAGGAUUUGGAUACUAGCCGCUUUUACAGAACUCUUUAUGAAUCUUUGUUGGAUCCACGGUUGGUCAACUCCUCGAAGCAAGGUAUUUAUUUGAACUUGUUGUUCAAGUCAUUGAAAAAUGACAUUAACAAUGUUCCUAGAAUCUUGGCCUUUGUGAAGAGAAUAUUACAGGUUUGCAUGCAUUGGGUUAGUAUUGGUCCGGUUACAGGUAUGCUCUACUUGCUUAUGGAAUUGAGCAAAACACAUCCUCAAAUACUAGAACUCUUGGAAGCCGAAGGUGCAAGACCCGACGAAAAGCUCGAGUUGAAUGAGUCCGGUGAUAAGCUCAGAGUUUAUGACCCCAGAAAAAGAAAUCCUGAAUUUGCAAAUGCUGAUAAAACUUGUCUUUGGGAAAUUUCACAAUUUAUCAACCACUAUCACCCCACUGUUUCUCUCUACGCGGAAUCUUUACUUGAAGGCAAAUCACAACCUAAACCAGAUUUGGGCUUGUACACUUUGGCCCACUUUUUGGACAGAUUUGUUUACAAAAAUGCCAAGUCGAAGGCCUCUACCAAAGGUUCGUCUAUCAUGCAACCGUUGGGCGGUACCCAUACUGGUUCUUUGUUGGUGAGAGCCACGAAUAUUAAGAGCACAGAUGUUCCCGCAAACACAAUUAAUUGGUUGAAUAUGAAAGCAGCCCAAGUUAAACCAGAUGAAAAGUUUUUCUACCAAUACUUCACAUCCAAUCUGGGUAAGAUAAGAAACAGGAAUGUUGCCAAGAAAGCUCGCACUGAUGAUGAUGAUGAUGCUAAUGAAAUGUCCGAUGAUGAGGUUUGGGAUGCAUUGGUCAAGCUGAAACCUGAUGUAGAGGGCCUCUCAGAUGAUGGCGGAUUCUCUGAUUUGGACGAGGGAGACUUUUCGGAUAUGAGUCUCGGCGAUGAUGAUGAGGACGAGCUACAGACUGCUGAUUUUGAUGGUGAAGACUUUGACGCUGAAGACUUUGACGAAGCUGACGGUUUAGAUUUAGAAGAAGCAAAUGAAGAGUUGGAUGCUGUUAGCGAUGCAGAAGACAUGUUCAACGUCAAUGAGGAUGAUGAAUAUGAGAGCGAUGAAGCAAUGGAAGAUAAGAAGCGUUCUCUGGAAUCAGGUGAUAACAAGAAAGCCAAGAAGCCAAAAUUGCUGGGCUUGCCUGUUUUCGCUUCUGUGGACGAUUACGCGCAGUACUUAGACUCUGACGAAGAGUAA